AUGCGGCUGAAUGUGUCACUGUUUCGAAGUGCUGUUGAUGCAAUUUGGUUGGGGCGAAUUACUUUUGGUGAUGGUUUGAAACAGCAGCAAUUUUAUGCUAACAAAUUGCUUUCUUUACGAGAAAACAAAUCAGAUUCAAUUAAGAAGAACUAUUUAUUAUUACUGGAACACACUCCUGUUUAUACCGUUGGAAUAAGACACUUCAAAUAUAGCGAUGAUGAAGAAGAUAGGUUGAAAAAGUUGGGAGCUGACUUUUAUCGGAUAAAUCGAGGAGGACUUAUCACAUUUCAUGGUCCUGGACAACUUGUCGCUUAUCCUAUUAUUGAUCUUUUAUCAUUACACGUGAAAGGUGAAGAUCAGGAAUCAUCUCGUGUUGGUGUUCGCCGUUAUAUUUACCUUAUUGAAGAAGUAGUUAUUAGAACCGUUCGUAUAUUUGGUUUGACCGAUGUAAACCGAUCAUCUAAUCCAGGCAUUUGGUUGGAGAAUGGAUACAAGAAAAUAGCGGCUAUUGGAAUAAAUGUUCGUAAUGGUAUUGCUAGUCAUGGUGUAGCUCUGAACUGUAACACAGAUAUGAAUUGGUUUCAGAGGAUUGUACCUUGUGGUUUAAUUGGAAAAAAAACAACUUCGUUGACGCAAGAAUUGCGAAGAAAUGUUUCAGUGGAGGAAGUUUUGCCGAUUCUGUGCGAAAAAUUUGCUGAAGUAUUUCAUUUCGACGUUAAAGUUGACACUUCACUGAGUUCGCUGGAAGAUCACAUGCUUUGCCGUUAA